AUGUGUCUCGAAUGGCUCCACAAAACAUCAUCGGCUGAGAAUGAAACAGAGACUGUGGAUAUCAUUAAAGCUGCCCUCGAAAAUGCUUGCCUUUUGGAAAAAAUUGCUGCAAACGAAAGUGACUACGACCGGGAUGAGUACAGGCAGAGGGCAAUGGAAUGCGAGAAAUUUGCCAUUGACAUCGUAGAGCAAAUACGCACGUCUGAUUCAGGAAAGCUUUACAAGAUUAUGGAUAUUAAGGGAGAUGGCCCCUUACUGAACGGAAAUCACGAAAAUUUCGCUGAGAGUCUGAGUCUUCUCAAGAUAGCCGCUGAUACACAGCGCAAAAUGGUGAGAAUUGUAAGCUUAGAAGCAAUAUCCAAUCACAUCCCUCUGCAUUAUCUUUGUUUGCGCUUAGGGGCAAAAUAAAAGCAGCCUUUGUUUUCGUUGCGUGGAACGUUUAUCUGUUGUGAAUUCCCACAAACUGUGAGGCCAACAUGGCACAAAAACGGGCACGCUCGUUGUGUCUGGUAAAAAAUGAGUUCUAUAGGAAAUGAUUGCUCCAGAUGUUAAAAGACCAGUGUACGGUUUCAACCAUUUUGAAAUUUAAGUUUGAAGCUGGGAUGGUAAAAAUUAAAGAGCAUCGGUCACUUUAACUAAAUGGACUGUGAGAUCUUGCCAAUCCUGAAAGUUUUAUUACCAUGCAAUGUAACUUAUAAGGGACUGAUUAUUGGACAGAUGACUCAUUAAAAUAAUCAUUUUUAAUUGAAAUAUAUUUUCACUAGAGGUGAUCCUUUUUCUUCGCAACUUCGAAUACUUAAUAAGCAAAAUGUCAACAUUGAUGUAAGCAAAAAUGCCUCUAUAAUCGUGUAGAAUUCUAGUGUUUCAUAUAUUGAGAUUACCUGGAUUAUAAGAGUACAAAUAGUUUGAGUGAUUAAGUGAUGUGCAGUUAUUUGCAUUAAUGAGUCAUGGUUUUUUUCUCUUUCCAGUUCGUAACGAGCCCCAAAUGCCAGCUCAUUCGUGAUGAGGUCGUUUAUCAUGAGUGGCCCAUGUGGCAGAGUAAAGGGCUGGCCGUGAAGACCCUGAGGUUUCUCUUUCACUAUCUUUUUAUCAUAUCUUUGGGUGUUAUCAUUUACCUUCCCUUGCGGCUUAUACUGAAAGGCUGUCUCUGCUGUAAAUCAAGUGACCAAGAGAGAUACUGGAAACUUAGAAGGCUUUUCGAGCUUCCAUACUGCAAGUUCAUCAAUCAAACUAUGUCCCACUCAGUAUUUCUUUGCCUGGUCUUCGCCUCAACUUUUCACAGUAAGUUUAUCACUGAUGGGACAGGCAUGUCGAACAUAGGUAAGUCACUUUUGUUGCUAAUACUCGAGUGAUGACCAGUGACAGCCUAUUGUCUCAUGCCAUCUUAUAAGAUGGCAUGAGACAAAUGCCUAAUUAGUGCCCAACAUAUUAUAAUCAAAGCAUAUUCACUGCGACAGCACAAUUAUUAUGUGCUUGCAAUUCAAGGAACCGGUUUUUUGCAAUCAGCAAAUCAAAAUUUAUUUAAUGUUUUUAGAACAUCCAAAAUUCUUUUUUUUUUAGGUGGGUUCAGGGCCAUCUUAAAUAAAGCCAAUGCGGCCCUAAACCUACUCUACAGAUGUUCAAUUAAUCUUUUAAAGAAUCUUGAUAUACUGAUUGAAAUAACAUAACAGAUGUAUUACGACCCUUGAGUUCAUAGUUCAUAGUUUGAUAAGCUUCAGUUGGCUUUUAAUUCUGACGAAGACUCCCUAGUUUUAUCUACUCAUGAGGCAUAAUGUGCGUGGAUGUGUGUCAGUUUCAAUGCAAGAGUAGAUAAAUUUAGUAUGCCAACAAAAUAUUUAAUUGAUUUGCUCGAUCUCAUUUACAGAGUUGGCUGCUGUCGCUUUUGUUGUGGGCCUUUUGGUUCAGGAGGCAAUGGAGGCCUACAGGCAAGGUGCCUCAAUUUACUUUUCAAAAUGGUGGAAUGUCGUAGACACAUUUGAUCGUUUUAACAUUCCCGCUGGCCUACAUAGUUUGGUUUACUGCGUGGUUUCUUUGUGGUGGUGUGUGGAAACCAAGAAAGGCUGCGUUUAUAGUGGCUGA